UCUAAAAAUGGAAAUGUACUAACAAAGUAUUAUCUUCAGCUGCCCAUUUUACAAAAAUAUGUGACAGAAUUAACAGGAAAUAAAGAUUAUUCCAUACUCAUACAAGGCAUGACUCCAAUGCUGGUAAUCCAACUGACCACUGGCAAUGCUGGUAAUCAGAUGUAGCUCUACAAGUUCUUUUGUUGUGCUCAGCAGGAGUACUUACGUGGGCAAAUACUGCUGGCAUAGUAGGUAUAGGUGGGAGCAUCAGGGCUUCUCAGAUUCAAAGGUUUAUUAUUAACAAAACACUCAUUUGCUUUCACCCCACAAAGUGCUUUCAACUGAACAAUCACACCACUAGUCGGAGAAAGGCAUACAUGCGAUAAAGGAGAAUGAAAAAACUCGCUGACGUGCUGAUACAUAGCUGAUAAGAAAAACAAAAAGCCACUUGAAAAAAAAAAUCCACACAGAUGAGUUUUAGUUGAAGCCAGAAGCUGCGUCUGGUCUCUUUUCUCUCCAAACGUCAAGAAGAUGUUUCCAACGAUGCUGAAGAUAUUUCCAGUUCUAGCCACCCUUGCAGGUCACGUCCACGGAGUUGUAGUGACUGUUCCUGAGAAGACAGUGAACGUCAAGAGCGGUGGGAACGCAACCCUUCUCUGCACCUACACGAGUUCUCAGCCGCUGGGAAACUUCUUCAUCCAGUGGAGCUUUUACAGUGCCAAAGAGAGCCAAUUGCACACCAUCUACUAUUAUUCAGAAGGACAGUCUUAUUCCUAUGGAGAGUUUAAGGACAGGAUCACAGCUUCAACAAGUCCCGGGAACGCAUCAAUAACGAUCUCCAACAUGCAGCCCUCAGACACUGGUUCCUACACCUGCGAAGUUUUCAGCCCCCAGGAUGGUGCUGGACAGAGUCAAAAAUCAGUGAUUGUCAAUGUGCUGGUCAAACCCUCAAAGCCUUUCUGCAAAAUAGAAGGAACGCCUGAAAAAGGCCAUCUGAUCUACCUCUUAUGCAAGUGUGACCAAGGAUUGCCUCACCCCACCUACCGCUGGUACAAAGUAGAUGAGAACACCCUCACGCUGGUGACUGAGCACUUCAAUCCAGACACUGGCAUUCUGUACAUUGGCAAUCUCACUACCUUUGAAACAGGACAUUACCGAUGCAUAGCCAGCAACAUCAUGGGGAACAGUACUUGUGAGCUCGACCUAACUUCUAUGCAUUCUGACGGUAAUAUUGUUGCUGGAGCAUUAAUUGGAGCAAUUUUGGCAGCUGUUAUCAUUUGCGCUGUCGUCUGGGUCUUAACCAAGAAAGCAAAGAAAAGGAAGUCAUCAAGUAAUGAAAUGCAAGUAAUGGCCCAGAAACAAUCCAAUGCAGAGUAUGCUCAGGUACCUAAUGAAGAAAAUACACCUGCAACCACAGUUCUACCAAGCAACGUGACAAACGAACAACCUAGUGCUGAUGAAGCAGCAGCAUCUGAAACACUGGAAAAUGAUGAGAAGCACGAAAUGCAACAAGAAGAAACAGCCUGAAGUUCAUUUUAAUACAGUUUUCCUCAUUGGCUUUGGAUCACAUUAUUAAAAAAAAAAAAAUCAACAACAAAAAACAUCACUGAAUUAACAUAGCAUUGUAGCUAAACUCAUUUGUAUUGUGAACCACUGGACUGGAGAUUGAAAAGGAUGGUACAGACAUACUUCAUGAAUAGCAGACUUGGCCUUUAAUGUGGUUAUUUAUUAUCUAGUUAUAGAUAUUACAACUAGAUAACUUAUUAUAACUUAUUAUCUAGUUCAACAUAGAUGUAAUUACAAAAAGGCUACCAUCUGCAAUCAUCAAAUAUAGUUUGCAAAGCUAAUCAGAAAAUGAUCUCAAUCUUUGGAGAAAGUAAGAACUUCCAGUCAACUAAAAGGAAAAGCUGUGUGUGUCCAUACAGUUCUGAAUCACAGCAGCCUUCUCCACACAGUGUUUCCUGUGCACGGAGAUCCACCAUCACAGCCAUUACAUUGCUGUGUUUAAAAGAUCUGGUUUUGUACUUCAGAAGUACAAUCAACCUUCAUCAGAGUGCAAAAACAGAUUUAAAGACUUGAACCACUGAAAUCUUCUAAGUCUGAAUUCCACCUGAAGUUUAAAAAAAAAAAAAAAAAGUCAGGGAAACUUUUACUGUGUUACCAAACAUGGGGUACUACUAUGUCAGCAAUGACCUUCUGACUCUAAGGUUCCCAAGACUUCAGUGUUCCUUAGUUGUGCUUUUCAGCAGUUCUGGUUUUCAGUUUAAUGCAGUUAGCAAUUGGGUACCCACUUCAGAUCUCAGCUGACUGGUUUCCAGACAAUGGGAGCUGGAAACUCAGAUCCUUUAUCAAAUCUAGGCACACAGAGUAGCAGAUUUCCCAUGAAAAGCAGAUGUGUCUGCUUUCAAACCUCAGAAAUGAAUACUGCCAUCUAUAAACACAUCAGCUUCCUUUGCCUGAUAGGACUUAACAAGAUGAUCAUGCUACUACUCUUCUGAUCUCUUUAGCCCAGUAUAACUUUGUCCAUUUUCUGUAGGUAAAAGCUUCAGGAGGAAUGGUAAAUAGCACAUCCACAAGGACAGACAACAGCUGAGUGGUGAGCUCUCGUGGAAAAAACAGUUGAUCCAUAAACACUGGCCACUUGUCUAGCAAUGGAGACAACCUCCUCUCUCUGGGCUUACUUUCAAUCCUGUUCAGUUCUUCCAAAGGGCAAAGCAACCUGCUUCCAGAAGAGCUGGAGGACAAAGGGAUUCUGGUUCACGUCUGUUCAAGGAACGGACACUCAGACUCAGCAGCUCCCUUAUGUUCUACAUGAGGCAGAUACUCCUUGAAAUAAGGAGACGCUGCUUUCAGUUUUGUGCACUGCAGAGAAACAUAUCUGACUGAGGGAUCUGCUGUGUUUGGGAAAUUAAGUCUCAUAUAGGAUCUACUACUCAUAAAUCCUCUGGUGACUGUUCCUGUAACAUUAGUUAUAUGCCUCAUUCAUCUUUCAAAUAGAUGAUAUAAAGAUAUAACUAUGCUAAAAUUUUCAAGUUCAGUUACUACAGCUGAGUACUUUCACCAACAUGUAAGGCAUGAGGUCCUACUGAAGAUUCAGGUCGAAUCAUAAAACCUAACUGUAUUCAUUGCUCUUUCUACACAGUUUUGUAGCUUUCAAGAUACAUGUCUUCCAGCCUUUAGCCUCAUUCUAGAGGAUGAAAGCACUUACAACGUUCUGGUAACACUGUUUUAGCUAAGAACUGCUCCUGACAGAAUGCACAUCAAACCCUUACUCACACCAACACUGCCUCAUUCUAUAAGCGGAUCUAUACCCUCAUUUUUCUCCAAAAUAUCCAGCCUAAACCACAACCUGUAUACAUGCUUCUUCUUAAUCAGGCGCUUCUUUUAUUAAAUCUCAGUUUUUACUACGCAAAAUCUGCAAACUCUAACCAUGCAAUUAGCUUUAGAGGCUUAAUUAGUAUUUUUAGAUUCACAGCUGAGUAGUUUCAUAGGCAUGCAACAACCUGUCCCUGAGCAUGAUCAGUAACAGCAAGAGUGCCAAUUGGGUGCCAUUUCUUACCAAUAAUGAUGCUUAAUGAGAUAAUUCAAAUGAAUGAUUGGUCCAAGGAAGCCCACUACUUGGCUGAUGCUGGCAUUAAUUUUAAAUAGCUUUUUCUCAGAUGCUCAAAGGCCUUUUUCUACUCUUGCCUUUCAUGGACAAAUACACACAACUCUCUUCAUAGCUGUGCUAGUUCUAAAGUAAUCUCCUGCACUGUGUCAAUUAUAUUUUUCUUACUGUAAUAUGUGUAUAAAUUUCAGGUCUCCAUGAUACCAGUGUGAUUGUAUGGGGAAAAGGGGGGAAAUAUAUUAUGUGAUCAUUAUCAUCAGUUUUCCUCAUCUCACCUCUACACAUUUCUCUGCAUUUAUUCCUCAUAUAACUCACCAGAGUAUGCCAGGAGCUUAUUCUGGUGACUCUGUUUUAGCUGUACAACAUAAUUACAGAGUUCCUAGACCACCAUAUUUGCUAAAAAAUAGAACUUGCUCAAGUUAUGUUAAUGCUUUAUAUAAAACAAAGGAUGCAAGUUCUUGAUAAACAACCCCUCCCUUAUUUCUACCCAGCAGAUUGCAAUAUUAAAGAACAGUCCAGCAAAACAAAAACCCAAAGAAACAAACUGAAAAAAGCAGAACAGAUUGCUGGGGAUGAGGAAAAUAACAAAUACAUUUGUUUGCAGUUUCCUAAUAUAGAGAGCUUUCUCGCAGAUGUUUGUCCUCAUUAUGAAGUUUCUCUUGUGUAAAAUAAUUUAUAAUAAAGAACAGGGCACUGUCUGUAGCUUUCCAGUGAUGCUUUUGGCAAAGCUCAAGCCAAAUUAGAUACUGAUGCAUGGCAUGUAGCUCAAAAACCCUGCAGAGCUACGCAGAAUGCAGUCUUUCAGAAUUUGCCUUGGAUGUUCCAAAUGUCUUUCCUGCAUGGACCAUUUAUCUCCUCCUGAGGGAGCAAGGAUCAUUACCAUGGAAAGCAGUUACUAAGCCAACAUUCGAGCCAUCAUCAUCCAGGGAUGUGGAUUAACAAAGCUACAGAACUGGGGCAGUUUUAGGUGUUUUUCUUUAUUUCUUUUCUAUACAAAGAUCAAGAACCAACACAGAACUGUAUCUUCAGCUUUUCUCAAUUCAUGUUUUCAGCAGCAUCUGCAUAAUAUAAGAAAGAACAUUUACUCAGUCAAGUUUCUGUUUCCAACAAGGCCUGCAGAGCCAGGGGUUACUGUAAAGGCAAGCUUCUGCCACUGCUCACACCUGGUAUUCUCAAUGAAAUUUAACCUGCAUUUUUCUUUCUAGGAUAGAGUAAGUAAUUGGUAAAGAUAUCUAUUUAGUUUUAAGUUUCUGUCUUGCUCAUCAAAAUGAAGUGCAUUAACUUAAUUCUUAUCAGUUAGACUGCAGAAACGUCACCUUCUGCUUCAGCACUUCCUUGCAGCUGAAAAAAACAAAACCCCAUUCUAUCUCCAUACUGUCUAAGAGACGGCAGCCUUUCAGCUGACUUGUUCAUUUUGUCCCAUGCACAAAAGCUAUUUUAGGAAAUAUUGGUUUUGUUACACAAGUUUAAUAAAGUUUUAUAAUAUCAAA